UGUCAUUUUGCCUGUUGAUUUACUCAUUUCUCCCGUAAAAACAUAAAAAUACAGCCAUGGAUGUGGCUGAUCAGGCUGUUCGAACCAACCAAGUGAAAGAUCAGGUUGGCGAGCGGUGCCAAAAGCUAUUUCAAGACUUUUUAGAAGAGUUCUCUGUCAAUAACGAACUGAAGUAUGUUCCGGAAGCACAAGAACUGAUUCGACCUGAGAGGAACACAUUGUCUGUCAGCUUUGAAGAUGUGGAGAAAUAUAACCAGCAGCUGGCUACAACUAUCAUGGAAGAAUAUUACAGGGUUUAUCCAUUCAUAUGCCGUGCGGUGAGGAACUUCGCUCAGGACCAUGGACAGGUGCCGCCAUCAAAAGAAUUCUAUGUUAGCUUUACAGAAGUGCCAACGCGGCUCAAGGUGCGAGAUAUGUUGACAUCAAAAGUUGGCACCCUUUUAAAAAUCACAGGUCAAGUGGUGCGGACACAUCCUGUUCAUCCAGAGCUUGUCUCGGGGACAUUCUUAUGUCGCGAUUGUCAGACUGUCAUCAAGGAUGUGGAGCAACAGUUCAAAUACACACAGCCGUCAAUUUGUAGGAACCCAGUCUGCAGCAACAGAGCAAGGUUCAUUCUUGAUGUCAAUAAAUCGCGCUUUGUUGAUUUUCAAAAAGUGCGCAUCCAGGAGACACAGGCUGAACUUCCAAGGGGUAGCAUUCCAAGGAGUGUUGAGGUCAUCUUGAGAGCAGAAGCGGUGGAAACGGCCCAGGCCGGUGACAAAUGUGACUUCACAGGGACACUCAUUGUGGUACCAGAUGUGUCCAUGAUGUCCAUGCCAGGUGCUCGAGCUGAGAGUGCAGCAAGGACGAAGGGGAAUGAAGGCUACGAGAGUGAGGGGGUCAGAGGGUUGAAGGCACUUGGUGUGAGGGACUUGACCUACCGGCUGGCAUUCUUGUGCUGUACUGUGGAGUCAACAAACCCCAGAUUCCACGGCCAUGCAAACCCUGAUGAAGAAAUCACAAUAGAUACAAUAAAAAAACAAAUGACAGCCGAAGAAUGGAAGAAGAUCUAUGACAUGAGUCAGGACAAGACACUUUACCACAAUCUCUGUUCAAGUUUGUUCCCAACUAUUCAUGGCAAUGAUGAGGUGAAGCGAGGAAUCUUGCUCAUGUUGUUUGGUGGCGUUCCCAAGGUGACGUCAGAGGGCACGAAUCUCCGUGGUGAUAUCAAUGUUUGUGUGGUUGGCGAUCCAAGUACGGCCAAAAGCCAGUUCUUGAAGCAAGUUGAGGAGUUCUCACCGCGUGCUGUCUAUACGAGUGGCAAGGCGAGUACCGCCGCCGGUCUCACUGCCGCUGUCGUCCGAGAUGAGGAGACCAACGAAUUUGUUAUUGAGGCGGGCGCCCUCAUGCUGGCUGAUAAUGGUGUCUGCUGCAUUGAUGAAUUUGAUAAAAUGGAUCCUAGGGACCAGGUUGCAAUCCACGAGGCAAUGGAGCAGCAGACGAUCUCCAUCACCAAGGCUGGCGUCAAGGCGACCUUGAAUGCACGGACGUCCAUCUUGGCUGCAGCUAACCCUAUCGGUGGACGAUACGACCGCAGCAAGUCACUGAAACAGAAUAUUACGCUGACAGCACCGAUUAUGUCUCGGUUUGAUUUGUUUUUCAUCUUGGUGGACGAGUGCAACGAAGUCACAGACUAUGCCAUUGCCCGACGGAUUGUUGACCUCCAUGCCCGCCAAGAUGAGUCUAUUGAGAGAGUCUACUCAUUAGAUGAUAUUCAGAGGUACCUGACAUUCGCUAGACAGUUCAAACCAAAGAUUACGAAAGAUUCAGAGGACUACAUGGUGGAGGAAUACAAGCGAUUGAGGCAGCGUGAUGGGUGUGGUACGACAAAGUCAUCGUGGCGUAUCACGGUGCGACAGCUGGAGAGUAUGAUCCGUCUGUCGGAGGGCAUGGCCAGGAUGCACUGCCAGGACGAGGUCCAACCAAAGCAUGUGAAGGAAGCGUUCCGGCUGCUCAACAAGUCCAUCAUCCGGGUCGAACAGCCUGAUAUUCAUUUGGAAGAAGAGGAAGAUGAGCCUAUGGAAUUAGACGACAAAGAGAAGCCACAAGAGGAAGAAGUAGUGACUCCAGAACCUGUCCCUGAGGCGGACAAGACUAAGAAGGUUGGCAUGAAGCUCACGUAUGAGGACUACAAGACCAUGGCCAACCUCCUCACCAUGUUCAUGCGCAGACAUGAAGAGAAGGCAGAGGAAUCUGAACAGGCUGGUCUCCGUCGCGGUGACAUCGUCAACUGGUACUUGAAGGAGAUCGAACAUGAGAUUGAAACAGAGGCUGAACUGAUCGAGAAGAAGACACUGGUAGAGAAGGUGAUCUUCCGCUUGAUCCAUCAUGAUCACGUGAUCAUUGAGCUGAAGGGGACAGCACUUCGAGGUCUCGUAAAAGGCAAGGGAGAUGUAGGAGAGACGCCCGAGGAUAUCGACCCACUGCUGGUGGUCCAUCCAAACUACAUUGUCGAGGGCACAAUCUGAGAACCAGAUAUUGAUCCCAGGAGACGGGGAAAUGUGUUUUGAAAUGUGACUUUUGAACAAUGUCUGUAACAGCUCUGAGAGAGAAAUUCGAUUAUGUCUUCAAGACCUGUGCUUACCAUUUUUGUGUUCAGUGACUUUACUUCACUUUUGUUGGUCAAUGACGAUUUAAACAGGAAUUUGUACAUCAGGGAGCAUCAUGAUUUAUUCAAAGUGCCACCAUGUCUGAAGAACUAAGAGCUCUUCAGCCUUUCAUUUGUGCUUCCAUUAUUUUCAAAUUCUUGUAAAGUAUUUGAGUGAAACCUGAUGAAUAAACUA